GAAAAUAUUUAUUUGAUGGACCAGAAGAAGAAGAUUACAUUGAUCCUAUCGAAAUUUCUGGGCAGUUUGAGGGAGAUAUUUUACUGAGAAGAAUGCAGGAAAGAAAUGCAAUUCGAAGUGAAGAUCUUAAAUGGCCGGAUGGACGAGUGCCUUACUCCAUACCUUUGUUUUAUGGAGUUAGGGGGCGCAUUAUGAUUGCCCUUGCUGUGAGUGAAUUUUCACGCAACACUUGCAUUCGAUUUGUACCAAGAACAAAUGAAACAGAUUACGUAGCUGUUUUCAGAGGAGGUGGAUGUUAUUCUAUGGUUGGGCGAAUGGGUGGAAAACAAGAACUGUCAUUGGCUAAUGCUUGUGAUCAAGUUGGAAUCGUCAUUCACGAAUUUAUGCAUGCCAUAGGCUUCUGGCAUGAACAAAGUAGAUUAGAUAGAGAUGACUAUGUGACUAUAAGAUGGGAAAAUAUUGCUUCUGGCACAGAAGGAAAUUUCCAAAAGUAUGACUCAUACAUUCAGCAAACGCUAGAUGAAGAAUAUGAUUAUUCAUCAGUCUUGCAUUACAGCAGAAGAGCAUUCAGUAAGAAUGGGAGAAAUACCAUAGAACCAAAGAAUAUAGUUGGGACUUUUAUGAUUGGACAAAGAUUCGGAUUCAGCCAAACUGAUGUGCGCAAAAUAAAUAAGCUCUAUAACUGUACAAACUAUUUGUAAAUUGAUAUGGAUAAGGGAAUUCAGAUGUUCGAUCUGACUCUUUGUAAAAAUGAAUAAGUUUGACUUUUUCUCGAAAAAUAUUCAAUUUUUAAAAUAAUACU